UCUCCGUCUCCCCUCCUCAUCCUCCCCCCAUUCCCCUUUCUAACUUCCUCCCCAGUGCGUCGUGGUGGAGUUUCGGGUUGAUCGUUUUUCGACUCUAACACCAUCUAAGCAAUCUUCAAUUCCCAAUUUCAUCCCCUUCUUUGUCCCAACCACAUAAUCAGGGGGAGUGUGCGUGUGCUCCACAUCAUCCGUGAUGGCCUCCCAAACCCCGGCCGUUGUCAUGGACAACGGAACUGGAUAUUCCAAGCUCGGUUUCGCCGGUAACGACUCGCCCUCGUUUGUCUUCCCCACGGCAAUUGCGACCAAGGCUGGUGCCGGAUCGGGCGCCUCCGGACCUGGCAGACCCCCCGUUGCGAACAAACCGUCCUUCCUGGCUGGCGGUGGUGGGGCCGGCUCCCACCUGUCCGCGAAGCGUGGCACCGAGGACUUGGACUUCUUCAUUGGCGAUGAAGCUCUGGCAGCGGCCAACGGUCCCGGAUAUGCGAUCAACUACCCGAUUCGCCAUGGACAGAUCGAGAACUGGGAUCACAUGGAGCGGUUCUGGUCGAAUUCCAUCUUCAAGUACCUGCGCGUGGAGCCGGAGGACCACUACUUCCUUCUCACCGAGCCGCCUUUGAACCCCCCGGAGAACCGUGAGAACACCGCCGAGAUCAUGUUCGAGUCGUUCAACUGCGCCGGUCUCUACAUUGCCGUCCAGGCCGUGCUGGCGCUGGCUGCCUCGUGGACCUCGUCGAAAGUGACAGACCGAUCCCUCACCGGUACGGUCAUCGACUCCGGUGACGGUGUGACGCACGUUAUCCCCGUCGCUGAAGGCUACGUCAUUGGAUCAUCGAUUAAGAGUAUACCGAUUGCGGGUCGCGACAUCACGUAUUUCGUCCAGAGCUUGCUGCGGGACCGCGGUGAGCCGGACAGCAGCCUGAAGACCGCCGAGAAGGUCAAGGAGGAGUACUGCUACGUGUGCCCGGACAUUGUGAAGGAAUUUGCCCGCUACGACCGCGAACCGGACCGUCUCCUCAAGCACACUGUGACCUCGCCCAACGGCCGGACCGUGAGCAUUGAUGUGGGCUACGAGCGGUUCCUGGCGCCGGAGAUCUUCUUCAACCCGGAGAUCUACUCGUCGGACUUUUUGACUCCCUUGCCCAACGUGGUCGACGGGGUGAUCCAGUCGUCGCCGAUCGAUGUCCGCAGAGGCCUGUACAAGAACAUUGUGUUGUCCGGUGGCUCUACGCUGUACAAGGACUUUGGCCGGCGUCUGCAGCGGGACAUCCGACACCUGGUGGAUGCGCGCAUUCGGGCGUCGGAGGCACGCAGCGGAGGCGCCAAGAGUGGUGGAUUGGAUGUGGCGGUGGUGACGCACAAGAGACAGCGCCAUGGGCCGUGGUUUGGAGGUAGCUUGCUGGGUCAGACGCCUGAGUUCCGCAGCUACUGCCACACGAAGGCGGAGUACGAUGAGAUUGGUCCCAGUAUUGUGCGGCGCUUUGCGUUGCUUGGGGGGCCUGGCAGUUCGUAG